AUGGAUGUUGCUCAUAUUUUACUUGGUCGUCGACCGUGGCUUUAUGACUACAAUGUUAUCAAUCAUGGUUGUGAGAAUACCUAUACAUUUAAGCAUGGAGGCAAGACGAUCCUGUUACGUCCUGCUAAGCCUGACAACGAAGGCAAAAGUCUCAAAUCUCGCAACGAAUUGCUUACUACUUCAGAAAUGCUAGAGGAAGUGCAACAGCUCUUACAACAAUUUCGGGAUAUCACUCCCGACGAGCUUCCAUCUGAAUUACCACCAAUGAGAGAGAUCAAACAUGCAAUUGAUUUCAUUCCAGGUUCACAACUCUCCAAUCUACCGCACUACAAGAUGAACCCUAAAGAUAGAGUAGAGCUUAACCGACAAGUCAGUGGAUUGUUGGAAAAAGGGUUAUAUCUAACAUAG